GACGUUUAGACGAAUCUGAUAAGUUUACUGUGUCAACGCAGACCCUGGGCCUGGGUUGAAACAUAAUUAAGACUUAAGAGUUUAAGACAAAAACGCUACAGCACUUAAACGCUCAACAAGUUUUUGUUGUGUGUAAUUUUAUUUUAAACAGAUACAUUCUCUGUCCAAGCGGUUAAAAUGUCACUGGAAUUAGUACGUCUUUCUCUGAGUAUGGACACAGAGAUAACACCUACAGACAAAGCUACAAAAAACUCUCCUUCAAGCAGACACAACACAUCAGAAAUAACAAAUCGUGCAAAGUUAAAAAAGAAGAAACUUCAACUUCAAAAGCAAAAACAAAAGAUUGACAUUGAAAAGAAAAAGAGAAAAAAAAUAAAAUCCGCAAUAGAAAAAUACAAGGAAGACUGUGUUUAUGACAAUACAGAAGCAAACGUAAAGGCACUGCUAAAGAUCACAAAAUUGGGAAAGGUUCAGAAUGAUGUAGCUGAAAAGAUUUUGUUCAAACAACCAUGUCUACUGUCCAGAGAUAGAAAACAAACAAUCACACAACCAUUGACAUCAGUUUUUACAGAGGAGGACUUUCAAAAAUUUGAAACAGAAUACCAAGCAAAAUAACAUUGUUGAUUUAAAUCCACUUUGGGCUUUCCAUGAACUUGUAAUGCAAUUUAUCAGUUUCGUGUUUAAACAGACAGUACUUUUCAUCUAUUUUAUAUAUUGCUUUUUUUAAAGUUUUACGUGCUGCUCAGUCUGAAAAGGGAUGUGACAUUUGACUUUUGGAUAUAGAAGUAAAUUCAACUGCAAGAAAGUUAACAAUAGAUUUUUAAACAAAAAAUUGUUGCCAUUUUAGUUUUUAAAAAUGUUUUGGUUAAAUGCAUUGCAGUAUUAUAUUUUAUCUUAUUAAAUAUUUUGAGGAUAGCAUGUUUAUUUUUGUUUGAAAUUUGUUAUAUUUAUGUAGCCGUAUAAAUAUAUACUUGUGACCAACAAUUCAAGUCUGUGCUGGUUUGUUAUAUAAUUUAUUUUAUCAACCCAUUUGCUUAGUUAAUAUAU